AUGUCGGAACAGGCGAAACCUGCUGCUAACCUUGCUGCUAUCGUAGAACAAGGGUCACCGGCUGCAAUCGAAAUCUCAAAUGUACGGUUAGAGCAAGCGCCACCUACUGCUGUCCAGCUCGAAGUGACGUUCGAUCCGCGGCUGUACCUCCAGCGCCGGAUAUGGAUACUCAGCGUCCUCCGACGCGAGAAAGUGACUGAAGUUCUCGACGUGGGGUGCGGGAGUGGCGAGCUCCUCUCCUGUCUGUGCAAUCCCGCGCCGUGGCUGCGGCCGAAGCCGAUCUCCAACGUGGCGGUGGCUCCUGACGUUCACCCUGACGAGAUUCUGCACGUAGCGAAGAUUCACGGAGUCGAUAUUGCGCCGGACAGUCUCAAGGACGCUAUAUCGAUGACGUCUCCGCCUCCGCCCAUUGUCCUAUCCUCAUGGGAGCCCAUGCCGCGUUGGGAGCCCCUUGAGGCCAAGAUCUGGAGGGGCGGGGUGCAGGCGUUCAAUCCCGAGUUUGUCGGCGUGGAAUGCAUCGUUGCCACAGAAGUUAUCGAACACCUCCAGGAAGACGUGAUGCAGGACUUCGCACCGAUCGUCCUCGGGGGGUACCACCCGCGCCUGCUGCUCCUCACGACGCCGUCGUACACCUAUAAUGCACGAUUCUGCUCGCCAGAUACGCCGGAGAGUGAGCGUGGAGGAUACCCAGAUCCAACGGGGAGAACCGCACGUGUCUUCCGGCAUGACGACCACAAGUUCGAAUGGACAGUAGAAGAAUUCACCAGUUGGUGUCAGAGUGUUGCGGACGAGUGGAGGUACGAAGUUCACGUUAGUGGGGUUGGAAGGGCGGACGAGGUGGACGAAUGGGACAGGGACGACGUGCUUGGCUAUGCGAGCCAAGUCGCGCAGUUCACGAGGCGCGAGGGAAAGGGACACGCCCAUGCGCGGUCCUUGAAGUGCAGCGCCGCUCUUGAGAAGGCCAAGGCAAGGGAGGACCACGACUUGCUAGUGACCCAUCAUCAUCUCGCGCACGACAAAGCCGGCCAACUCGUGCCCCUCCCCGAAAUUGGCGAGCUAGUGAAGGCCAGGAUGAGCAAUUAUAGAGAGUCUGCCAUGACGGCGGGUGAGCUGUGGCACGAGAACGACAUAGCAAUUUCAUGCGGAGGCCAGUUUGAGCUCCUCAUUGAGUCCGUGCAGAACUGCGAGGGCUUGGACCUGAGUGAAGUACCCUCUCAGACGUUGGAAGACUGGGUCGUCCGACGGGAGGGUGCGAGGGAGCCGAACGGUCUUUGGUCUAUACAACGGAACGAUAAAAAGGACAGUAGCUCUUGUGCCUCCGACCUGGAAGAUUCUCUGACAGAUACUCACUCGGAAUCUGACCAUGAGGUGAAUCAGUCAACGAAGAAUAUUGAAAACGCGACGAAUAACUCGGAACACGAUCACUUGGACCAAAAAGAGGAUGGAGGGGCGGUGGAAGAGACGCAGGAGGACGAGCAAGGUAGAUGGUCUGUUCGGUCAAAUAUUAGCUGGGAGAAUUUAGACGGAUGGAAGGGGGUGGCAGAGCAAGAGAAUCGGUUUGUGUCAUGGAGUGACCCGAUCUGUAGUGACUGGUGUCCAACGCCCUCUCCAUAA